GGGUGCGGGCAGCGCCCUCCUCCCCCUCGGCGGCGGGAGGAAGGGGCCGGGCGACGCAUCCACCUGGUGGCACCUGCCCCUUCCCCGCCGCUCCCCCCGCCGGGUGACUCCUCCCCGCUCGCAGCGACUGCUCCCGGUUCGGUGCGCCGCAUCCCGUCCCGUCCCGGCUCCGUUCCGUUCCGGCAGGCUCAGACCCAGAACAAGGAACAAGAAUACCUUCCUGUGACUGGUUACUUGUUCUCUCAAGCCUGCUCAGAGCUUCACUUCCCAACUCUGCUGUGAAGAGCUGGGUGAGAAUGGAUGCGACAUAAGGCAGAAGUCCAGAAGCCUUAGUCACCAAUCUGAUGGAUUUACUUUUCACACCUUACAUCCGAACACUUGAAUUGUUUUGGUACUUCUGACAAAGGAAGGAUGGCCUCCGCUGUAGGUUCACCGCCAUACUAUGAAAAUCAGGGCUUUCAGCCUGAAAACAUCUAUUCUGCCAGGCAGCCAGUAGGUGCUAACCCAUAUCCACAGUACUUCUCAACCAAUGUUCCUCCAUCAGUGCCAAGCUAUGUCCCAAGGGUUGCUACCUAUCAGUCAACUAGGCCAGUGGCAUCUUCAUCUGAGGGAGCAUGUGCAUCAAGUGUAAGGAAAAUCAUAAUAAUUAUCCUAACCAUUUUACUAGUAGUCUGUUGUGCAAUCGCAGCUUUCUUCGUCUGGUAUUUUGCAGUAGAGAAUCGUUGUCUUGGCUCCUUAAUAGAGUGUGGAUCUUCAGGAGUGUGCAUACCACCCUCGCAGUGGUGCGAUGGAGUCAGCAACUGCCCCAACGGGGAGGAUGAAACCCGAUGUGUUAGACUUUUUGGACCAAACUUUAUCCUGGAAGUUUAUUCACCCGUCAGCAAAACCUGGUAUCCUGUUUGUCAAGAUGGCUGGAAUGAUGAUCAUGGGAAGACAGCCUGUACAGACAUGGGCUACAGUGUAAAUACAUAUUUCUAUAGUCAAGGAGUAGAACCUGAAGGCAGCUUUAAAACCUACAUGAAGCUGAACACAAGUGCUGGGAAUAUAGACUUGUACAAAAAGCUUUAUAGCAGUGAUUCCUGUGCAUCGGGAAAUGUGGUUUCUCUGCGUUGUAUAGAUUGUGGCCUGUCCACUAAAAGCGUGAACAUAAUGAACAGAAUUGUGGGUGGCAAUGGGGCAGCGCUGGGGCAGUGGCCGUGGCAGGUCAGCCUCCAUGUGCAGGGCACCCACGUCUGUGGGGGCUCCAUCAUCACCCACGAGUGGAUUGUGACAGCAGCACACUGCGUGGAAGGACGAUUUUCUGACCCACACAGCUGGAGGGUUUAUGCUGGAAUUCUGAAUCAGAAUGAGAUGCUAUUAAGAAAUGGAUACAGAGUGCAACAGAUCAUUUCCCAUCCAGAUUAUGAUACAGAUUCUAAAGACAACGAUGUUGCCCUUAUGAAAUUAGAGAGACAAUUGGUUUUUAGUGAUGCCAUACGGCCGAUUUGUCUGCCUAAUCCAGGAAUGAUGUUCCAGCCUAAUCAGCAGUGUUGGAUAUCUGGGUGGGGAGCAGAGUACCAAGGAGGUAAAACAUCAAAUAACUUGAAUUAUGCCAUGGUGCCCUUAAUAGAACGUUCUAGCUGUAAUUCUGUCUAUAGCUAUAAUGGCAUGAUUUUGCCUACAAUGAUCUGUGCUGGAUAUCUAGUGGGAGGAAUUGAUUCCUGUCAGGGUGACAGUGGAGGUCCACUAGUAACCAACAAAAACUCCAUAUGGUGGCUGGUUGGAGAUACCAGCUGGGGAACUGGCUGUGCUAGUCCCAAUAGACCUGGGGUGUAUGGGAAUAUGACUGUGUUUACAGACUGGAUUUAUAAAAAUAUGCAGGCAAACAAAUGACAAUGCUCUCUGUCCUUGCUGAUCGAUAUUUCUGAGAACAAGAAGAAAUGAAGCCAUGGGUGCCUGGGAUAUUUAUUCACCUUGCAAAUGAUUUUUUUUUUCUCUUUAAAUUCUCUUUUUAAAAAUAAUAUGAAGGAUUGCACACUCGGUUCUGUGCUGGCUACAGUGACUGAUCUUAAUCAGUGAAGGAUUAUCACAAUGAGCACCUUUCUUCUUCUUGUGGUGCCUGGCAGAAAAGUCAUUCUGUCAACUGCUUGCUGAAAUGUCUCCCUUUAGCUGAGUAACUUUCACUUGAUAAUAGGGUACAGGCUUAUAAUUGCAAUUUUAAUCACAAUUUAAUUUAAGAUUUUCAUAGCAGGAUGCUGAAACAGUUGGUUUAGUAGUGUUUUAAAGUAAAUGUUAACUAAUGUGAACUGUUGAAUCUCUGAGCUGCUGGUUGGCAAUUAAAUUAAAAAGCAAUUAAUGUUUUGUAGUAAAUAUGAAGGGAAGUUUUCAUGCACUAUGGUAGAAGCACAGGAAAAAAAAUGCAACAUCGUGACUGUCUAUUCAGGUAGUUAAAAAUCCUCAGGAUCUCUACACAGCAGUCAUCAGUCAGACUGUUCAAAGUAAGACUGGUCUGACUGUCUCAGUAAUUCAAAGUGCUGUUCUGCCUUAAGCUGCUCGGAAUCCAAAAAGGACAAUCCAGAUCCUGCCAUCUCUUCUCUCCAUGUGGACUAGAGAGGGGGAUGCUCCAGAGCUGUGGUGAGUUAGGUUUCAGGGUGGCCAGAUGCCUGGCUGUGCCCAGCAAGGUUGACUCUUGGACUCUGCCUGCUGCAAGGUUUUUUCAGUGAGGCUGUGGAUGUUUUAUACAAAGAAACUCAAAUCUGUGUUUCUGCCUAACCAGAUGAACUACCUCAUUUAUUAAAUUUGGCUUUUAAUACCUUAGAGCUGUCCUUUAUGAAUCUGCAUGUAUGUUUUUAGCAGAAUGUUAUUAAUACCAGAAUGCCACUUCAACUAGCGUUUUGAAAGUAAUUUAUAAUCAUAGUACAGAGGAUCAAAAAGCCAUACCAAGUCACUUUUGUUAAGGAGGAAAAAUCUUUUGAAUAAAAUGACUCUACUAGUCUUGUUUUCUCCUUUGGUACUGAAAUGCAACUAUCUUGCAUGUAAACAC